AUGUCUCUAAAUUCGUUACCUACUUUUACAGGUGAUGCCACACUGUGGUUUGCACAGCUAGAGGCACAAUUUUGUGCACACAGUAUUUCUCCCGAGCAGCAGUUGCAAAUCCUGUAUGGUUGUAUGCCUCCUCAACUUGCAUCUACAGCCAGAGACCUUAUCACAGACCCUGGCCCAGACGCCACUUAUGCGUCUGUUAAAUUAGAAGUAGAAAAGAGAAACACACGAAGCGAGGAAAGUCGUUUCAAUGAGUUGAUGGCGGAUGAAGAACUGGGAGAUAGGACUCCUUCUGAAUUUUUGCGUAGACUAAGAGAGUUGAGCGGUAAAGCUGCUGACGCCCCUCUCCUUCGGAAAUUUUUUUUUCAAGGUUGCCCGCCUAUAUACAGACUGUUUUGGCAACCGCUUUAG